GGAGCCUGCAGUGUGAUAUGAAAUAAAUGAGCAGACAGCAAAAGGCCUUGCUCCCAGCCUUCAUUUCUGUGGCUUUGUAGCCACGAGAUGGUGCCGUCCAACCAGCUCUGUUUGAAUCUUUGUCCUCAAUGUUAGUUGGUUAUGUCCAGUCAGACAGGGACAAAUGCCAGGGACUUACAAACCCACGUGUGUAAACUUCAGUUUGCUCCUUUGUGUCUCAUUACCUCCACAAAACUCAGUAGCUUUAACUCCAUGACACCUCCUUUCUCCUACUACCCCCUAAAUAGCAACAAAAUUAGAAAGUUACGUUGUGAUUUGUAUUUUCAUGGAUUACAUCCCAGCUAAGUGACCUAAUAAGUGAAGAUUUAAAAAUAAACAAAUAAAUCUUUUUCUUAAACAUUUGUAAUGUGUGUGAUUUUUCAGAUAAUAGAUGAGCUUUAGGCUUGGUUGAACCUUCAUGUUGUGGUUAACUAAGUGUUUUGUGGUGCGUGCUGACUUUCCUGAUGUUUACACCUUGAUUUGGUUACAACUGUACCAGUUUAUGUUCUGUACCUGAAGUUUUGGAGUCACCAAUUGUGGCUUCUACAGGGUUGUGACCGAGGAAUGAUGUGGCAAUGAGUAGAAUACAUAAGCUUGUAAUUACUUCAUUGCUGAACUGUAAUGGUUGUCAUCAUAUCAGUGAAGGACUCUGUGAAGUGAUGUUUUGAAACAUGUUAUCCCCUCCACUUCCUUCGGGGUUUAGGUUGCUGUAACUGUGCCAGUUGGGAACUUGUUUCAUCAAGCACAUGGAGCAACACUAUAUUAUGUGGACUGCAAAGUAGGAAAUCCCAUGCAUGAGGGUUGAUGUCACUGAGACCUCCAGCCACGACUGACUCACUAAGUUGGUUGCAAGGUAGGUAUUGAAUGUGAAGUUUAAGUAUGGCAAUGACAAGUGGGAGUCCACAAAACACUGCAGGGGGCUGUAAUAACUAUGUACACAGCGUGGCACGUUUCACACAGCUAUUUGAGCAGAUUCAUGCCUUAAAUAGUGUAGUAAAAGUUUUUUUGAGACUGUGACCCGCUGGGACACAGCUAAAAGGUGAAGGACAGCAGUGUUCGCUGCAAGCAGUGUGGUGGCAAAUGAGGUGACGAGGACAUCAUGCAAUGGAUAGACAGAAGACGCAGCCUGAGGAAGAUAUUUCAUAACUGAAUGCCAAAGGAAGGAGCCAGGACACACUCAUAGAAAUCGUCAUUUUGCAGUAUAAAUGGUGCAGGCGUUUCCAGCUUUAGCAGACCCGCGGGCAGAGCUGAGGCUGCGCUGAGGGGAGCGGCACAAGGCCGGCGGCCCAGCAGCGCCCUGCACGUUGCCAUGGCAGCGCGGGGCGUCCUGUAAUGGCGGCGGCGGGGAGCUGCGGGCAGCCAUGGUGCGGAUCACUGAAGAUCUUGUUAGAAGACGUGCAGAACAUAAUAACUGUGAAAUAUUUUCUCUGGAAGAAAUCUCUUUACAUCAGCAAGAAAUAGAAAAAUUAGAAUACCUUGACAAAUGGUGUCGGGAUUUGAAAAUUCUCUAUCUUCAGAAUAACCUAAUUCCAAAAAUUGAAAAUGUGGGCAAGUUAAAGAAGCUAGAAUAUUUAAAUGUUGCUUUGAACAAUAUUGAAAGAAUUGAAAAUCUGGAAGGCUGUGAAGAACUGAAGAAACUUGACCUGACAGCAAAUUUCAUUGGUGAACUGUCCAGUGUCGAAACCCUAAAAUAUAACAUACAUUUGAAGGAACUGUUUCUAGUGGGUAACCCAUGCACUGAAUUUGAAGGUUAUAGACAAUUUGUGGUGGCAACACUUCAUCAAUUAAAAUAUUUGGAUAGUAAAGAAAUAGAACGUUCGGAGAGAAUUCAAGCACUUCAAUACUAUCCAGAAGUGAAACAGAAAAUCAGAGAACAGGAACAAGCUUACCUUCUCAAAAGAGCCAAAGAAAAAGAAGAGGCUCAAAGAAGGAUGCAUGAAAGAAAGGAUAGGAAAGAAAAACAAAUGGAAGCUGAGCUUGGACUUGACAGCCCAGACUCACUACAAUACAAAGAAAAUCAUCAGACAGAAGGAGAACAACAAAUGUGGAGAACAGCUGAAGAUGAUGAGGAAGACAGAAGAUUUUGGGAGGAGCCAACACCAUAUACUCCAGAAUCUAGAUUAGAAACUCACAGAUAUAUUGAAGAAAAAAGGAAAGCUAGAGACAAUAUAAGAGGGUCAAAAACGAGAGAGAAGCCUCUUCCAAAACUGGUCACUGCAGAAGGAAAAGUUCUGAAUGUCAAUAUGCCUAAGCUUCAUUUCUCUUUGAAAGAUGAUGAAGUAAACAAUCAGUUCAUCUUGGAUCUUGCUGUUUACAGACAUCUGGACACUUCUCUGAUUGAUAUUGAUGUCCAGCCAACUUACAUACGAGUACUGGUGAAAGGAAAGACGUUCCAACUAGUGCUCCCAGAGGAAGUGAAGCCAGAUAGCAGCUCUGCUAAAAGAUCACAAACAACUGGUCAUUUAGUUGUCAGCAUGCCAAAGGCUAAAGAAAUAAUCCUGGCUAAGCAAAAAUUAUCAACUUCAGUAAAACCUUCUGACAGCAACACGAUGUACAAAAAAAGUACGAGAAGCAGAACAGUUGAGAAAUUAGAAGUGGAUCCUAAGAAAUAUUCAUUCCCAGACGUGACAAAGAUUAUCCCAGAAAAGGAACGAAUUGGACGAGGACCUAUUAAGCUACAGCCAGAGAUUACAGAAACAAUGAAAAGCAAUGUUGAUUUUGAAAAUAAUGAAGAAGUACCUCCCUUAAUUUGAAACAUUCUUUAUUAGUCUCUCUGUUUGUAGUCUGUAUACCUGAGUUGUUUUCAUGAUCCUAUUUGUAGAGUAAGUAUUAUCUGGCUGAAGUUGGAAAUGUCAUUACAGUUCUUACUAUAAACCUUGUUAUGCCUCUGUAUUCCGGUGUAUUUUCUGUAAGU